AUGGCUGUCGAGUCGGAAAAGGCUGUGGCGCCUGCCGAUGGCGGAGACCAGCAGCAGCAGCAACAGCAGGUUAAUGGGUCCGGAGAGCCUGUUAUACUGGGCAAGAAGAGUCCCGGAGUCAUGAGGGUCGAGGUGAUAUCCUCGCAUAUGACGUUUGUCGAUCGUAUCCUUCUCUUCAUUGGCAUCUUCGUCCUCGCCUAUGCCUAUGGGCUCGAUGGAGGACUUCGGUUCACUUAUCAGACAUAUGCCACGGCCUCCUAUAGUUCUCACAGUCUUUUGGCCACCGUCAAUGUUCUGCGUGCCGUCAUCGCCGCUGCUGCUCAGCCUACCGCCGCCAAGAUGGCCGAUGUCUUUGGUAGGGCCGAGGUGAUUCUCUUUACCAUCGUAUUCUAUGUCGUUGGGACCAUCGUUGAAGCCACUUCCGAUGGCGUCAAGGCCUUUGCCGCCGGGGCCGUGCUCUACCAGAUCGGCUACACGUCUAUCUUACUUCUGGUCGAGGUUCUCAUCGCGGACGUCACCUCCCUUCGCGCUCGUCUGUUCUGCUCUUACAUCCCGGCCACCCCAUUCAUCAUCAACACCUGGGUCAGCGGUGACAUCACCAGUGCUGUCAUCACCAACUCUACAUGGCAAUGGGGCAUCGGAAUGUUCGCCAUCAUCUACCCAGUAUGCGCCAUCCCGUGCAUAACGUUACUAUACAUUGUCCAAAGGCGCGCAAAGCGAGCCGGUGCUCUGGAAAACUACAGGACACCUUUCCAAAUAUACGGUGGCAAGAAGAUCGUCACAGCCAUGUUCUGGCAACUAGACGUUAUCGGCAUCAUCCUACUCCUCGGCGUCUUUGCUCUCAUCCUCGUCCCCUUCACCAUCGCAGGAGGCGUAGAAACCCAGUGGAGGACAGCAAAGGUCAUCGCACCACUCGUUAUUGGCGUCCUUCUCAUCCCAGUCUGGCUCUACUGGGAAUCCACAUGUUUACACCCCAUGGUUCCUUUCAGGCUGCUCAAAGAUCGCGGAGUAUGGGGCGCUCUUGGAAUCGCCAUCAUGCUCAACACCGCAUGGUAUCUUCAGGGAGAUUUCCUCUACACCGUCCUGGUCGUUGCGUUUAACGAAUCGAUCAAGAGCGCUACGCGAAUCACAGCCUUGUACAGCUUUACUUCCGUCUUGACAGGGGUUGUAAUGGGUGUAUUCGUUUACUUUUUCCGACGACUGAAGCUUGUUAUCGUUGCUGGAACGAUUCUGUUCAUGGUCGCUUUUGGUAUUCUGAUUUACUACCGUGGAGGAUCAUCCUCUUCAAGCCAUGCUGGCAUAAUCGGUGCCCAAGUCCUUCUUGGAAUCGCCGGCGGCAUGUUCCCAUACCCUGCGCAGACAUCCAUCCAGGCCGCAACCAAGCACGAACACGUCGCCGCCAUCACCGGUCUCUUCUUGGCGUCCUAUAACAUCGGUUCAGCCCUUGGAAACACCAUCUCAGGGUCCAUCUGGAACCAGGUUCUCCCUCAAGCCCUAAUGGACCGUAUAUCCAACCAGACUCUCGCCGCUGAAAUCUACAAAGACCCUUUCCCUUUUGCUACCGCCAACCCUAUCGGUACUCCAGACAGGGACCAUGCCGUCGACGCAUACAAGCAUGUUCAGCGCCUGCUUUGUAUUACGGGUAUCUGCCUCUCUGUUCUGCUCAUUGCUUUCUCGCUCGUGCUGCGUGAUCCCGUUCUUGGACAGGAGCAGAGUCUUGGCUUUGCUGAGAAGGAUACUUCUGAUGAAGAGGGCACACCUGCAGGGUCUAGUCAUUCCGAGCCCUAG